CGACGGUUCUUCUCGCCGACGAAAAAGACGAUGACAAUGUCGGCGAUGCGGGCGCCGUUGAUAGGAGUGGCCAAGUCAGCCGUUUCACGGACAGGGAGUCGACCUGUAGCCUUGACUGGGGCAGCGAGCUCGGUUCGAUUCAAUUCUUCCAACAGCAGCAGCAGCGAUGCCAAGACGCACUUUGGCUUUCGCGACGUCGCCUCAUCUGACAAGGCCGGCCUCGUCGGCUCCGUCUUCAGCUCCGUGGCCUCGUCGUACGAUCUCAUGAACGACGCCAUGUCGCUUGGAAUCCACCGCCUGUGGAAGUCACACUUUGUCUCGCAGCUCGACCCGCGCGGCGGGAUAGCAUGCCUCGACGUGGCGGGGGGCACGGGCGACAUUGCCACGCGCAUCCUCGACCACGCACGGACGGCGCACGGCGACCGCCAGACAAAGGUCACUGUCCUCGACAUCAACGAAAAGAUGCUGCGGGCGGGGCAGAAGAACAUGGCACAGACAAUGUACUGGGGCACCGACCAGCUGGCCUUUCAGCUCGGCAAUGCAGAGGACCUCUCGCUCUCGGCGCCGCCCACGCAGUCGCCCGCUUCCAUUUCACAGCAGCACCAACAACAACGACUGCCCCGCAACUCGCCCGCGCUGCCUGCGCUGCCCACACAGCCUAUCGCCUCGGACUCGCUGGACCUGUACACGAUUGCGUUUGGCAUCCGCAACUGCACCGACAUCGACGCCGUCCUGCGCGAGGCCCACCGCGUGCUCCGGCCCGGCGGCAUCUUUGCCUGCCUCGAAUUUGGUAAAGUCGACGGCCGCCAGCUGCCCUUCCUACCUGCCCUCUACCGCCGCUACUCGUUUGACGUCAUUCCCUCCCUGGGCCAGGUCCUCGCCGGCGACCGCGACUCGUACCAGUACCUGGUCGAGUCGAUUGAGCGCUUCCCCACCCAGCCCGAGUUUGCGCGCAUGAUGCAGCGCGCCGGCUUCACCCUCGCAGGCCAGCCCGAAGCGGCCAAGUGGGGGAUCGGCAGCCUCGGCGGCGAGACGGGCAAGCGCGACGACGACGACGUAAAGGGCGCCUGGCAGGAUCUAACCCUGGGCAUCGCCAGCAUCUGGCACGGUAUCAAGCUGUAAUAUUCUUUUUUUCAUCUCUCUCUCUCUCCCACAAUACAAGUACAGUACAU